AUGAAGAAGAUAUACCAUAUCCCCACCGGCAACUCGGCCGAGGAUGAGCAAAACAACAAGCGCCAGGCAAAGCGGUACCGUGUGUACUUCAUCAUUCUAGCCGUCUUGGUCGCCUUGUUGCUUAUGCUAACCACGAUUCUAACACCAAUGCUACUCCUGCAGCAUCACGACAGCCAACUCGAGCAGCGGCACCGGGACGAGGAGAGGCUAGCGGCGAGGGACUACGCCACAUCAUUUCGCGACGCCAUCCUCGGGGCCAUCUCGGCUGUGUACGGGGUAGAGGGGUACGUCAUGGGAGUGAUGAAGACGCUGCCGAACCUCAACGACACCCCUGCCCAGCGCGUAGAAGGCCAAUACUUUUCACAGUUCUAUAGGUAUGCCGAGCUGGUGGCCUCCGCGGCACCGCACAUCAGCCUCUUCGCAACCGCGCCAGGCGGCGUUAUACUGCAGGUAUACCCGCUCAAAGAGGAGAGUCCCCUGAAAGGCUGGGACCUGCUCAACAGCUCCGGCUCGGGCACAAACCACACAGACCAGGCUAAAGGGCAGCGUCAGGAUCCCUACACCGUCAUUAGCACUGGUAUGCUCGACCUGACAGGGCCAUACAAAAGUUCUACAUUGCCAGCACUCUACGGAGUGAACAGCUAUGAUGAAGUGAACAUGUGGUGGGUCGAUCUCCGCCAGCCCAUCUACAACGCGACCUCUACAGCGCUGAUUUCAAACUCAACGUUCUGGGGCUUUGGAAUUGUCGUCUUUAGCGUGGAUGGACUCAUGCAACGCUACAACUUCACGAAGGUAAUGGACAGUAAUGAAAUGGCUUACAUUGUCUACACAAUGGAUAACGCCUCUUCGGGCUCUUGCACAGUCAUCAUUGCAUCACCGAUUUUCAACGGCGAGACUGACUGUAACACACCGAGCAUGCAGAAGUUCAUUAAGGAGGCCACUACCCGUGACGUCCUCAGUGAGAAGAUCUCGUGGAGGAUCUCCUUGAAGAGCACGAAGCGGGUAAACCAGUUUACCCCCAAAGUGCGCAACAUCAUCAUUAUUUCGUCCAUUAUCGGUGUGUUUGCUCUGUUUGCGCUCUGCGUGUGCAUGAUUGUGCGGUGCACGCGGGUGUACGACGGCACCAAGCACGCACCCAAGAUGGCGCCCUUCGCCAUGCUCACCAUCGGCCCCUGCCGCGGCGAGGAGCUCUGGGACCUCGCAUCGGAUCAGAUGGUGGAGGUGACAGAACGUCUUGGCCAUGUCCUGGCUCAGCAGAUGGUGCGGCACGGCGCCUACCAGAUUCAGCAGGUGCACCCACUCACCACAUCGUACGUCACGCGCAGCGUCGCGGCGGCCGUGCAGAUGGCCUUCAGCACGAUCGAGGAGCUCUAUAGCUGUCCCAUCGACGAUCCGCUGCGCCGCCUUCUCGGUGACGAGGGUCGCCUACUGCUCUCUUACGCUGUACACUGGUGCACCGACGCUGCCGUGCGCUUGGAAGUAAUGGGCAGCGGCUUACGCUAUGAGGGCCCCGAUGUUGUGUACAGUGGCCGCAUGUGGGUCUUUGCUGGUCCGAACGUGGUCACUGUGUCGCCGGCAGCGCUGCCGAGCGCGAAGCGCAUGCCGCAUGUCAAGUGCAAGCUGUUCGACUCGGUGUUCCUGCGCGGCGUCACGACUCGCCAGGACCUCUAUGUCGUCACGGAUACUUCGAACCAUCAUCUGAAGGAGGCGGAGGCCUUCGCGGCGGAACAGGUGCGUCGUGCGCGUCAAGCACAGCUGCAGUACACCGCUGGCAAGGAGACGGAGCCUGGCAGCACCUUAUACACGCCUCAGGGCCGACUGUUCACCUACCCGCGGAUAGGGUACGAGAACAGUGACCUCGACAAUGACUCCCUCUGUUUGGCUAGGACCGCUGCGGAUGGUGCUAGCGCUGCCUCUGGCAAUCGCAUCAGCAGCCACCCCAUCCCUUUUGCGAACAGUACGGGUGGGUCCCACGUGGCAGCUGGAGGAAUAAGAAAGGGCGCCCGCAAGGAUGAGAGGGUGGGGUCGUGCAGCGUGCCAGCCUCCACGCCUGACGGCGUGCUGGCAGGAACAGGCGAAAAUGGGUCGGAAUCGCCGUCGGCACUGUCGUUUGUGGUACCACAGCGACGCAUGGUUCGUCGCCCAGCCCGGAAGAGCAAGCUUGCCAACGUCGUGUUGGGGUCGCCGACAUCUUCAUCCAACGUGGCGAACGUGCAGACUGGAAACGCGGUAGAGAUGGCAGCCGUAAAUCCGCAGACGCCACUCCUGCAGCACAACGCUACUCUCUCCUCGAGCGCAAGCACAAGCGGGACUAACGACAUCAGUGGCAACCACAGCCGCAGCGCCAUCGGUGCAGCAAACAACGCGCAGCACCCUGACGUACUCCCCGCCAACCCGCUCGUUGUCGUCCCGCCGUCGACCACGAUGGUGGCAGCGGCGCAUGGACCCGGCGGUGGCAGCGACGGUAGCUCGCCCUCCACCUCGUCCAGGAACUGUGAGUCGAGUGUCUGGCGACCCGGCAACAUUCCGCCCUUCGUCGGGGAUAAUCCACUCGCUGGCAGCAACACAGGCCCGGGUCCGACUGGCGGCCGAGGCGCCGUCAGCAGCCCGUCGGUUUGUGCCACCUCACACAACAGUGAUGGCAGCGCUGCACUGCAGGAUAACGCGUCUGUGCUGGACAACUUCAGCAGUGACCUGCUGCUGCGCCCCGUCAUCUCCUCCCAGUCGGACCUACUGCUUCGCGCGGUGUUUGAUCGACAGGCUGUCGCGCUCGACCUGAGCUACGACUCUGUGCGGGUGCUGGUCUACUACUUUUACUCCAGCUAUAAGAUCCUGUUUCGCCCGCUGGCCGCGCCGGAGCUGCACAACAUCUACCGUCGGCUGGUGACUGCGUUUGGUGUGCCGCAGCAAGGCAUCCUCGAGCAUCUGGCCGCGCGCUGCGCCACGCGAUACCUUCAACGACAUGAGGAAACGCAGACUCGCUUGUGGGAUCAGCAGCACCGACUGCAGGCGCACAUCCGGUCUCUCAGUGCGAGCACGGCUGUGGCAACGUCCUCCGUCUCCGAUGACGAAACCGCGAACAUAUCCGACUGA